AUGUAUGUCCAAGAUCUGGAUCAGCAAGAUUGGGACGAGUAUGCGGAGCGACUUACCUUCGCGAUCAAUACCGCUCGGGAUCGGAUCCGCGGAGUAACGCCGUUUUACAUGAUUCACGGUUGGGAUCCGAAAUCCACACUGGAGGCGGUGAUCCCGAUGGGAUAUACAAGAAGACACGAUCGGGAUCCAUGGCGAUAUCGGAUCCAGAGACAUUACCAACAGGCUCGAGAACAAGUGAACCAGCGUUUGCGGGAGGCGAUCUCGGAUCGGGCGGAUCAGCACAACGAUAUAGUGCGCCCGCAUCAAGUCAAGGCCGGAUCCCGAGUCUGGUUAUACUUGGAUCGGGGACGAGAGGGAUAUGCCAAAAAGCUUGUGCAUCUGUGGCACGGCCCUUUCCGUGUGACCGAGAAGAUCGGCGAGUAUGCGGUGAAACUCGAGAUCGCUGGAUCCACAUACAAUAUCUUCCCCGUGGUCCAUGUGUCAAAGAUCAAGCCUGUCAGAGAAUUUCCAGAUCGGCCGGUAAUACGUCUUACGACGCAGGAUCAAGAUCGGUUAGAUUUCGACGAAGCACUUCUCCCUGGAGAUAACUGGAUUCAAGAUCGCGAUCCGGACGAGUAUGAGGUUGAAAAACUCUCGGAUAUGAGGACUGGCAGAAGGACAAGAUAUGAUCGGAUCCUGCGUGAAUUCUUAGUAGACUGGUGUGACGAUGCAACCUGA